AUGGCAUACUACGCAAACUACCCCCCGCCCCCAGGCGCGCCCCCACCCCCGUCCUAUGCCGCGCCGACAGGCCCCCCGCCGCGCGCGUACUCGCCCCACGAGCCGCGCUUCGCCCCCCCGCCGGGGCAGCCGGCCUUCGCUCCGCCCGCCGCGCCGCCGCCUCUGAGCCAUGCGUACGCUGCGGACGUGCAGCGGCCCAUGGGGGAGAGCGGGCCGGGGUUUGCGUUAUCCGACUGCAGUGGGACGCGCAAGGCGCUGUUGAUUGGGAUCAACUACAUCGGGAGUAACAAUGCGUUGCGCGGGUGCAUUAACGACGUGCACAACGUCUCGACCUUCCUCCAGGAGUUCUACGGCUACGACCCUUCCGACAUGGUCAUCCUCACCGACGACAACGACCCGCGCGGGCGCGCCUUUCCUACGCGCCAGAAUAUCCUGUAUGCCAUGCAGUGGCUCGUGGCGGACGCCAAGCCCAACGACGCGUUGUUCUUCCACUACUCCGGCCACGGAACCCAGGUCGACUCUGGCGACCAUACCAAAGCCGACGAGCUGAGCGAGGCUAUCUGCCCUGUUGAUUUCCAGGAGAACGGCGUGAUUGUGGACUUUAACACCACGAUUUCCUCGUCAAGAGCCUCCCCGCGGGAUGCCGCAUGACGGCCAUCUUCGACUCGUGCCACAGUGGCACGGUGAUGGACCUGCCCUAUGCGUACUCGACCAAGGGCACAGUCAAGGAGCCAAACUACGCCGCUGAGGGCGGCAUGGGCCUGCUCAAGGCCGGCAUGGACUACGCGUCGGGCAACUCGGCCAUGGCGCUCGUCGAUGCCUUCUCGACCGCGAAGCACAUGUUCCACCUGCACCAGGGGAACAAGGUGCUCCGGGACACGAGGACGGCGCCGGCGGAUGUGGUCGCGUGGGGUGGUUGCAAGGAUACGCAGACGUCCGCCGACGCGAGCCAGAACGGCGCGGCCACGGGCGCCAUGUCAUGGGCGUUUGUCCGCGCCCUCCGCGAGAACCCCAACCUCACGUACCAGCAGCUGCUUGUGGCGCUGCGCAACCUGAUGGUCGAGGGCGGGUACAGCCAGAAGCCGCAGUUGUCGGCGUGCCACCCGAUCGACGUCAACACGGCGUUCUUUGCCUAGCCCAGCUCAGCCUAGCCUAGCCUAGCCUGCUGCCAGCACAUAGCUGUAGAUAGCUGUAUCAUAUAAAUGCC